AUGGCGGGCGGCGAGAACGACUGGGAGGUCAAGGGCGGCGGUCGGCGCAACAAGAAGCAGAAGCCGUCUCUGGUGUGGGCAGUCGGAGGCAAAGGCGGAGGCUCGUCCUGGGUGGGGGCGGGCCCGAGCGACUCAUGGACGUGCGGGGCUUGCGGUACAGGUGCGAACUGGAGUACGCGUACGUCUUGUCGUGCCUGUGGCGCGGGUCGCCCUGGGUACAAAGGCAAGGGCAAGGUCACUUCCACGCCUGAGGUGGGGCAGUGGUUCCGCACCUCCUUCCCACCGGUGGCGGCCAGGCCUUGGCGUGCGGCUGCGGAGGCCAAGGCGCCUACGGCCUUGCAGAAGCUCGAGGAGCGCAGGAAGGUCCUGGUCCAGUGCGCCAAGGACUGGGGGGGCGACGCGCCUCACCUCGAUCAGGCGGUGGCCGACAUCGACAGGCAGAUCCAGGACGCCAAGGCGGAGCGAACGCAGGCGAAGCCGUUGUCUGGCCAGUUGCGCGAGGCGCAGGUCCAGCUGGGGCAGAUCGACAGGCAGCUUGAGCGCUUGGCCGAGACCGAGAGGAAGGCCAACCAGAUGCUGCUCGAGGUCAAGAAGGAGAGGGACGAGGCUGCGAAGCGCAAGGAGGAGCUGGCGACCACGAUCCUCGAGCUCCAGGGGAAGAUUGCGGUGGCGGGCCCAGCGGCCCCAGCCUCCAACCUCGACGUCAUCCGAGUGCAGUUGGAGUGCAUCGCCAAGUCCGUCGGCAGCGACAUCCAGUCCCUCGGCCUCAACUUCGCCACGCUCGAGUCCCUCCUGGAGGCCAAGGCUAAGGAAGGGGCAGCAAAGGCUGAGGCUGCUGAUGCUGGUGCUGCUAAGCAGCCUGGUCAGGCUGACGACGGGGACGGAACAGAAGACGAAUCCAUGGGAGACAUCGCGGGGGCUGAGGAGUUGCCACCAGGUGUCACCGAGACCGAACGUAAGUGGAUCAACGGGCAGGAGCCAGUGCCCGACCAGGAGGAGAACCCGCACUUGUUCAAGCGGUACCAAGAGGUGCUCAUGUCGGGUAGCUUGCCGUGCGACCUCUUGUUCCUGGUGCUCAAUGGGACACACCUCGGCUACCCCGAGUCGCCGUGGAGAGGCGCAGUCCAGGUGCAGCUGCGUCAGAGCGGGAAGACCCUCCCCUGGGACGACAGCCGCUGGAACCCUGCGGGGUGGGAGGCGGAGAUCGGGGGGAGCGAGAGCGAAGGGCACCGACGGGACGUAGUGCAGAUGGAUGAUGAGUGUGGCGAGUGCGCAGCAGUGGGAGCCAGCCAGAGGGCGGGAAGUGUGGCCAGGUCCACGCCCGCGGGGCCAGUGCGCGGCCCAUGGCCUGCGGCAUUGGCGAGGAGUGAGCACGGUGCCUUGAGGGCGGGAAGUGUGGCCAGGUCCACGCCCGCGGGGCCGUCGCGCGGCCUUGUGCCUGCGGCGACGGCGAGGAGUCAGGGGGCAGACUCGGACCGGUGGCGAGGAUACGCGAGGGUCCUGCACGACAACCGCAUGACGUGGCACGUGGCUGACAAGGCGAAUGACGACAAGCAGGUGGUCGUUGUGUGGACCUUCAACGGCUCGGGAUGGGGGACCAUCAGAGAGAAGCUCUUGGAGAAGAAGGUGGGGCAGCAGAAGCACAUCUAUGCUUUCCAGGAGCACCGCCUGAAGGAGGACCAGUGGGCUGGAGUGACCCACAGUUUGCGUCAGAGAGGCUACCAAGCGGGUGGAGCGGUGGCGGUGCCCACGCUAGGCCCCAUGGGUGAGCCAGGUACCUCUGCAGGAGUGGGAAUCGCUGUGCCGAACAGGAUUGGCAUGGCGUAUGUGUGUGGGCAGACCAGCUGGGAUUGGUCCCCCAGAGGAUCCCCAGGAAGAGCUGCAGCGGCGUGGGUUGCAGUAGGUAGAGGCGGCAUCGUGGUGGCGACCGUGUACCUGUGGACGGCCGAGCAGAUGUCGCGGCGGAACAGGGGGCUGAUGGACCACGUGUUGGGGAAGCUGCACGAGCUCAACAUGCCGUGGGUGUUGUGCGGGGACUUCCAGAAUGCCCCUGCCGUCCUGGCGGGUUUGGAUUCGAUCAAGCUCAUUGGCGCGACGCUGGUGGCCCCCUCUGUUGCGAGCGGAACUUGUCGGUCUGCGAGUGGAUGUUCCACAAUAGACUAUUUCGUAGUAUCGAGGGAGUUGGCAGGCCAAGUGAGGAAGGUGGCCAUCCACGAGUCUUGGCCUUCGGCGCCGCACAAGCCAGUGGGGAUCACGCUCGACCUGAGGCCGCAGGAGAGGAAGGAGCGGAUUCUCAUCACGCCGAAGAAGUUGGAAGGUAUCACCAUCGGGUGCGCGCCCGAGCCGCCCGUAUACGACGAGGUGGGGGUCUUCAGCGACGUGACGGUAGCGACCAGGACCUGGGCCUCCUUCAUCGGCAAGCUGGAGCGCGAGGCUUUCGCGCUGCGGGGGCUGGAGUGGCACCCCAGGCAUGAGUGUGCAGGGCGUGCGGAUCCACCGCGCUGGAAAGAGAGAGCGAUCCUCAGAGGAGGCGGCAACCACCCAGCCCCGCAAGGAGACGCUCUGUGGUGGCGGUGGCUCGCGCGCUCUUUGCAGACCCUGGCGGGGAACUACGAGAGGCUCAGGUCGUCUUCGGGUAGUGCCCGUGCGCGCCAGGAGUGGUGCAUGAUAGCUAGUGAUCUGGAGGAGCGCUUCAGGAGCGUGAGCCACGAGUUCAGGUGCGAGCUGGUCGGCGAGGAGAAGGAGCGGUGGAGAGAAAGGUGCACCCUGCUGGCGAAAGGGCGUUUGCGAGGUGCUGACCAGGAAGCCAGCCUGGACGCGAUGAUCCUGGAGGCCAAGGAGCGUUCCAAGCGGGAGGACCAGGACCUGAUAAAUGAAAGAAGGAGGCAGUGGGCUGCGAAGCUGGAGGAGGCUGCGAAAGGAGCAGCGGGCGGACUCCACAGAAUCAGCAAGCCAGUGGACAUUUGGAGGCCGAGAAGAGCGAGUACACCCCAAGCUUCGGCAGACCCGCUGCGGGCGGCGGAAGCGGCCCUGGGAGAGUGGAACGCAGUCUGGAAGGUGAACGACCCGAUGCAGGAGCAGGAGCGGCGGUGGGAGACCGAGCCGCGUCAGGAGUUGCCAGAUUUCACAGAGAGCGACUUGGCCAAGUUAAAGAAAGUGGCGCGCACCUUCAAGAGAAGGACAGCUCAAGGAGUGGACCGCUGGCACCCCGCCAUGUUGCAAGGGGCUUCGGACGCAGCGCACUGGACGCUCCUGCAGAUCCUGAGGGAGGUGGAACGCACGCUCGUCUGGCCGCAGCAUGCAGCCACGGUCAUUUUCUUCCUGAUCCCGAAGAGUGUAGCGGUCGAUCGUGCCAUCGGCCUCCUCCCGACCCUGGUGAGUGUGUGGGAGAUCAUGAGGGA